GGGCGAUUGCAAAGCUCCCGCUGCUGCUCUGUGCUGGCCACGUGGUGCCUUGGGGUGGGUGGUUGGGAGCCCACUCACAACAGGCAGCAGCCCUUCCCCGGGAACAAGAGGCUGUUGUUUUCGCCGACUGACUUGAGUGGGUUGAUUUAGCAUCUGGCUGGCUGGCUGCCAGGGCCGGGAGCGUCCCGUCCCAUCUCCGCCCGCUCACCCCAUCCCGGGGGACGCCCUUAAGUGGCCAGUUGGAGCGAUCCUGUAGGCUACCGGUUCUGGCUCUCGCUGCACCCACCGACUACAGGUCUGUCUGUCUGUCUGUGCGUCGCUCUGUGGCUGAGGUUUACGAUUAAUACUUCAAAAUGUUUGCAAAGGCAACCAGCAGCUUCGUAAAGCAGAUUGAAAGCAGCGGCGACUUGAUUCCUGUCAGCAGCCUGAAUGAUUCUGAUAAGCUGCAGCUUUUGAGCUUGGUAACCAAGAAGAAGAAGGGAUGGUUCUGGCAGAAGCCGAAAUAUUGCCCCUCUUCAUUUACCCUCCAAGAAAUAUUGACUAGUGAUGCACUCAUCAAACCUGCUGUCACUGAAUCCGCCUUUCUCAAGUAUGAAGGAAAAUUUGGAGACAAGAUGGAGGCGAGUGCAGAAACACAAUUUGCCCAUUUAAGCUUCAGCCUGGAAGGUCAGGAUGCGGUGGAACUAGAAUCUUCAUUUGGGAACCUGAAGAAGCAAGAAUUGGAUUUGCAGCAGCUUUUGAAAAUAGUUGAGAAAAGCACUAUAAAUUUGAAUCACCCCUUUGUCCAACAAGCUUGUGAGAAAAGGAAUGAAAUUUUGUGCAUAGUAAAUGAAAAGGUUAUCACAUCCCAAAAGUGCUCUAUUUCCGAACACACUCAGAUUGAAGAAAAGUGUGGUGGCACAAUGGGACUCAAAACAAAAAUAUUAAAGGUUUCAGUAGAUGAUGAUGGUUCUGUAACCAAGGACGCUGAUGUUGUGUUGGAGAUCCCGCCUCGCACAGUUAUUGCGUACAGCGUUACAGAGCUUUUAAUAAACCAGAACGGGCACUUUGAGCUAUGCCUGCUUUCAGAUAAAUGUGGAGGAUUUGAUAAGGUCCUGCUAGACAGAAAUAAAAGAGCUUGUGCGAGCACAGUGUGUGCCCCUUUAAGCUGCGUUGAUGGAGCCCAUAAAAGCCAGCAGUCUGCACUUAAGAUGGAUAUCCCAAGUGAAGCUUCACUAAUCGUUUUAAAACCAGCAAUUGAAGAGGCUAAUCAGCAGUUCCAGCCAUUCCUUGAACUUUCAGAGGAAAACUGUCAACAACUGUUCAGACUUUACUGUGAAUUCUUGUAUCAUGAAGAGACUGUUUCUUUUCUUGAAAAUGCCCUUGAUGAGCUUUCUGCAGCAGAACAACCAAAUCUGUUGGGACUACAGGAACUGGAUUCAGCACAAGCACAGAAGGUCAAGGAACUGCUCCAGAUUUUAGGCUACAGCUGCUCAAACAAGGAAGGCUCUUCGACAAAAGUUAUCAAAACACCAGAGCUAUUAAUAGCUACGUUCUACCUUUUCAGUGCUCUAGCUGGAAUGUCUGAAGAAAGUCUUGCAGUCUUGGGUAUUUGUUGCGAAACUCAAAUUCUUCCAACUUUGCAUUAUUUGAUUAAUAAUGUCUCUGAUGAUGGAAUGAUUCCUGUUGAUGAUCCAAACCUCCUGCCCUUGAGAGAAGAGGACAACUUCUACAUAGCUCACCGGCUAUUUACAUUAUCAAAUGUUUGCCUUGAAGUGAGAGAAUCAACCAUCAAAGUUAUAACUGAUAUACAGCCUGGUAUGGCUCCUGUGCUUCUCUGCAUAGUUCUGCAAGGAUUUGCCAUCCUAAGUGGAAUCAAGAGGAAUAUGAGCAAUCCAAAUAUGCAGUCUUGAAAGACAUUUAAAAGGAGCCUCAUCACACUUAAUUCAGGAACAUUCAAUAUAUUUGAGGUAUUUUAAAGAUAACUGGGUUAUGAUUAAUGAGGUAGAUGAAAAGAUACAGUAGUCCUGAAUUAUAAUUCAGAUGCACAUUAUAUAUUAUUCAUAAUAUUUUCCAUCCUGCAGGAAAUUAUGGAAGAGAAAUGUUGUGUUUCAAGUGAAACCAUUGAGAAUUGUGGAUAAGUAUUGUGGAACUAUCCACGAGGAGUGAUUGGAAAUUUCUGUAUUAGCAAAAUACAAUGUCAUUGCUAAUUUUGUACAGGAGACGUUGGAGUAACAUAAUCAUAAAAAGUAUCCUUAAUAGAAAGCCAUAGUUUUUGUCCUGUAUUAUGACAAGAAAUGAGUUUAUAAUAGUGUAGUAUUAAAUUCCAUUUGUGGUUUGCUCCAAGUUCAAUAAUCUGGAGCAUCUAUCUCACAGAUUUCCAAGAAAUCUAAGCUUGGACCAAUAAGAUCUUUAGUUGAAAAUACUAAUGUGUAAUUAUCUGAAUGUUCCAUGUUCAGAUUCAUCUAAAACAGAUCUUAAUUGUAUUUUUCAAUUUUUUUUUAAAUAACAUGUGAUUCUACUAACAAGUGGAUUUCUACUGAAUAGCAAUUUAUUUAAAAUAUCUUACAAGCUCAGCAUUUUAUAGUUUGGGAAAUAAUAGAAUAUUUAGUACAAUUUACAAUUAAAAAUACAUUUGUAAACAUAAAUAUUGCUUGUUAAUAUGCUUUAUCCUCAAAUUAGUUAUAGUUAAUAAUUUUAUUAACUUUGAAAUGUCACAUGGGCAGUAGUUGCUGUACUUUGUGUUGUCUUCAACCUCUAGUAUUAAAUUAGUACCUAUGACAAUGAAAGCUAUAGUUUCAGUAGAUGUUCUUUUUUAUGUUUGUGGAAGCCCAAUUUUUAGCACAGGCUGAAAACUAACCAUCUUUAAACAGUUAAUAUCUUGAAAUCCAGAUUGUGAAGCCAGCUAGUACUUUUGAAUCCAUCCUAACACUUAGGCUAAUUUGUAAUAUUUAUGUGUAAAGACAAAUGCAAAUUUUUUAAAUUAGAUUUGGCACUGAAGGUAUCUGUUAUUUAACUUCUCCAUUAAAUAAACACCUUUGUUGGCUUCUUGA